GAUCACCGGCCGUCGAGCGAGCAGUCUCCCAAUUCCACCCAAUAACUAAUAACAUCUCCUCGAACGCCAGGUUCCUUGGACCACUAUAUCCAGGAGCGACGAAGUGAUCCACCCGCCAGCCAUGGAGAUGAAGAAGGUCCUCUGCGCCGCCCUCGUCGCCGCCGCCUCGGCCACCGCCGUGCUGGCCUCGGUCGCCUCCGAGGCGCCCUCCGAGGCGCCCGCCGGCGCGGCCGGUGGUGCGGCUGGCCCUAGCGCAAGCGGCGCCGCCGCCGCCGCCGUGCCCGCCGCCGGGGCGCUCGUCGCCUCCUUCCUCGCCUACUACCUCCACUGAGCGACGACGCGCGGGGCGGCAACGUUGGGAUGCAUCGUGUUUGGUUCAUCCGAUUAAUUAAUUGUUUUUUUUAUUUACGUGGUUUGCGAUUGGUUAAUUGUUUGUUUGUUCGUUCGUUUCGUGGUCGUGUGAAUUGUCGAAGGGUUUGUUCUGUAAUCGUGACUCGAUGCUAAUAUUAUUAUGAUCCCAAUUUUAUUUUAUUUU